CAAAUUUCAAAAUGUAAACACAAAUUCUAAUCACACUAUUGAAAAGCGUGAACCCCAAUUCUCCUUUUGAUGUAGAGCGGCAUGUUACUCGCAUGGAAUCGGUGGUAUGUUUGUUUUCCCCUUGUUUUUCGCCCUUUUCAUCUCGUCAAUAGAACAAACCCUAUCUUCUUCACAGAAAUUGCACACAAUUUUACACAUCGAGUGGGUAAAGGGGUGAGAGAGUGAAGGGGGGAAAUGGAGAAAGCAAUGGUGAAAGUUGGAAGCAUCAAAGCGAAAGCAGGAAGCUAUUGGAUCUCAAAGAAAGCUAAAAAAGAGUUCUCAAACAUCACCGAUGACCUAAAUACUUUCUCAAGUACAGUUGAAGAGAAGGCAAAAUGGAUUUUUAACAAACUAAAAGGAAAGCCGGUGAAAUCAUUGCCUGAACUGCUCCGUGACUACAACUUACCACCGGGUCUUUUCCCUAACAACGUAAUUUCUUAUGAAUUCGACGAGACCAAGGCAAAACUCGUGGUGCACUUGCCCUCCACUUGUGAGGUAACCUUCAAGGACUCAUCCGUCAUAAGAUAUGCCACUCGGGUCAAAUGCAUUUUGAUGAGGGGAAAGUUGACUGGUAUUGAAGGAAUGAAAACGAAGGUGUUGGUAUGGAUCAAGGUCACGAAUGUGGCAGUCGAAGGGUAUAAAUCCGAUAAGGUAUGGUUCACGGCUGGAAUUAAAAGAUCGAGGCCUAGAGAUGCUUAUGAAAUGGCUUGCGAUGCGAUUAGAGUCGAAGAAUUUUGAGAUUAGAACGAUCCUUAAUUAGAGCCUUUUGUGUAGUAUUGCAUCGGUAAAUUUUGUAGUUCAAUUGCUCGAAAAGAUUUAGAAACAUGGUUUUUAUAUCUGAAACAUGUGUGGUUUUACAAUGUUGUUUCACAUGUGAAACGAUUAGGACUACUUUAUAUCCAUGCACAAAAUAGUUCUGAAUAUGAAACAACAUGGUAUAAACACUGCAUUUUUCACGUGUUAACGCAUGAAAACUAGUUUGUACGA